AAAGAUGGCGGAUUCUACGCAAGUUGGUCCGAAUUAUGAUAUAGAAGAUGACGACGCAGAUGUAAAAGUGAAAGUCAUAUGCCUCGGUGACAGCGCAGUUGGAAAGUCAAAAUUAGUAGAGAGAUUCCUCAUGGAUGGAUACCAUCCUCAACAGCUCUCAACAUACGCAUUGACACUAUUCACAUACGACACUGAAUUGAAUAAUGAAAAAGUCAAAGUGGAUUUCUGGGACACUGCUGGUCAGGAACGAUUCCAGAAGAUGCACCAAGCCUACUACCACCAAGCUCACGCGUGUAUAUUAGUAUUUGACAUAGAGAGGAAACUAACUUAUAAAAAUUUAGGUAAAUGGUAUCAGGAAUUACGAGAAUAUCGACCGGAUAUCCCAUGUAUAUGUGUAGCUAAUAAAAUAGAUGUGAACCUCAAAAUGACACAAAAAGCCUAUAAUUUUCCACAAAAACACAAAAUGCCAUUUCACUUUGUCUCGGCAUCAGAUGGUACUAAUGUGGUGAAGGUGUUUCGAGAAGCGAUAAAAGCAGCUGUCAUCUACAAAAAGAAUCCCACCGAUGAUAUGGACUUGAUUAUGAAAGAGCUUGAGUACAUGGAGCUGACCCCGACGGCCGACAACAUUUCAGAUAGCGGCCUUGAUUCAGCGGGCAAUUCUGAGGGGAAGGAGGAGGAUAAGGAUAAGUCAAAGAGUUGAGGAUCGCUAUAAGAUCACAGACUUUGUGGACUUGGCCAAGUUUUAGGAUAUAUAUCAUUAGAGGCAUGACCUCCUGCAUGAAGAGAUUUCUGACUAUUCGUCAAGUCGAUGUCCAUGGACAAGCUUGAUUUUUGGUGACAUUUUCAAACAGGCAAGGUCCUGAAUAGGCAGGAAAAUCCAUCGAAUCCAGUGAAAUAUUCUCUAAGGCCUGUUUCCACUUCACCAGUUUACCAUCAGAAUUUUGCCUCUAGCACAGGCGUGUGGUUGGUUACGAUUAGAGUUGUACAUAAGGAAAUCUUUCGCCUGGGACAGAUUUGCUCAAAAGCACUUCUCUCAUCAGAGAAGUCUCCUUGGAUUUGAAUUAGACUGUAGCUUGCUGAUCUUUGAUCUUUGAGCUCCUUUGUUUAAACUGUUGUGUUCUAAUUACUGUAGCUACUGAGGCAUUAGUAAUCUAGCCAGGUGGGUGAUCAUCUUAACGUCUGUGAAAACCAAAUAGUUUCCUGCUGCUUUUGUAGAAACAGGCCUUAGGGGUUAAAUCGUGAUCCAAAAUCAAGUUUGCUUCUUUUCCUUUUGCUGCAAAUCAAUCAGCACAUUGAAAGCCAAUAUGUUGAUAAAUUCACUAUGGCAACAAAACCUGGCGGUCGACCUGGGAAUCAUCUUAUUUGCCAACAUUUGGCUUUGUGUACACUUCAUUUUAAAGCCAAGUUGCCUGAUUCAGCCACGAUAUCUACACAUGAGAGUGGCUUGGUACCUGCCUCUCGUUACAUUGUUAGGCCGGUAUGUAUCGUCCCCAAGUCACAUUAAUUGUCAAUAUUCAACAAUGCUUGAAGUCGAGACGGAGCUGGUACCCAGAUGAGCACCAGACAACUUGGCUUUCGUCCAGUACAGGAAAACAAUUCCUGUGACACACUGGAGUUGAUCACAGUCUCCAUCAUUGUCAUACUGCUGAAAACCUAAGGGAAAGGCACGUGAAACCUUCCAGAUUUCUCCUGUGAGUGAGGAAUGUGCAUUAUUCUAAAGAUACAUUUGAAUGACUUCUCGAAGGUAUUCCUCAUUGUGAGGAAGGAUUUCCCCUUGUAGAAUUGGUGUGUUUCGUCACCAACCAGCUAAUUAAGACUAUUGAGGGUUAUUUCUUUAUAUCCUUCUUAGUGCUAAUUAUUGUAAUUUCAAUAAAUUUUUGGACUGAUUAUGCCCUAUACAUGUCAUCUGUGCUUACAUACAUGUACAGUGUGUUUGUGCUUACAUACAGUGUGUCUGUGCUUACAUACAGUGUGUUUGUGCUUACAUACAGUGUGUUUGUGCUUACAUACAGUGUGUUUGUGCUUACAUACAGUGUGUUUGUGCUUACAUACAGUGUGUUUGUGUUUACAUACAGUGUGUUUGUGCUUACAUACAGUGUGUUUGUGCUUACAUACAGUGUGUUUGUGCUUACAUACAGUGUGUUUGUGCUUACAUACAGUGUGUUUGUGCUUACAUACAGUG